AUGACUUUGAAUCCUUACAAUUCAUCACCAAGAACGUCAUCAACUCCAGAAGGGAGAAAUAUUACUGUAGAAGGUGAAUUAGACCGGCAGGCUGGUUAUUCGUUUAACAGACAUAAUAGGAACGAAAGUGAAAUUACUGUUGAAAGUUCGUUUUUUUCAUCAGAUAGUGAUUCAGAAGAACAUCGUAAAAGACCGAAAAGAAAAAAAAAGGUAGCCAGUGAAACGAUCAAUCCCCCUCCAAAUAUAAAAUCUUCUAAAAUGUGGUGGACAAAAUUAUUUUCGUAUCUUCCGUGGGGCAAAAAAAAUAAAAAGCCAAAAGAACCUUCGUUACCGAUGCAUAAUGAGAAAAUCAUAAAAGAAAAAAGGAGCUGCUGCAUGAUAUUUUUAUGGAUAACGAUAAUGUUAAUACUAUCAUCUAUACUGGCUAAUUUAAUAGCGUUAGAUGUCAUGUAUGCUCGCAUAUCAUCAAUUAAUGAAACUAAAACUGCUGUAGUAAAAGAAGAAAAUAUUUCGGCAGUUGUAUGCUCGACCCUGCUUGGAUCUCCAGGGGAAAUUCUUAAAUUGUUUCCAUGCGAUCAAUGCUUAAUUAGCGGCAAACAAUUUUAUAAUGUAACUUCAUUCUGUGUCCUAAAAAAUUUAUGGCUCAGUUCUGUCAAUCAAACACGGAUGGAGGCAUUCAAUUGGAUGAAAGAUAACGACUAUUGUUCAUGGGGAGGUGUCAAAUGUGAUGAUUCAAAGAAUAUCAUCGAAUUAAAGCUCGCAUUCCCUUUUGUUUCAAGAUCGAUUACUUCUACAUUGGGUGAAUUAAUUACCUUGAAGAAGUUAUCGAUUACUGGCGAUGGUAAAGUUCCAAACGGUUCAUUACUCGCAGAUUACUUUAAGUUAGAAAAUUUAGAGGAGAUGGCCUUUAUAUCCACUGGCCUGACUGGACCCAUUCCAAAUAAAUUGGGUAAAAUGACUUCGUUAAGAAGUUUAACAAUUGUUAAUAAUACCCAACUGGGUGGCCCGAUUCCUAGUGAAAUAUCUUCUUUGAAGGCAUUAAAGGAAUUGGAUUUAAGUAAUAAUCAGUUGUCUGGUGCCAUUCCUGAAUCACUUGGCACAUUGGACCUGAAUAAUUUGUCUUUAAAUGGUAAUACAUUGACCGGCGAUGUACCUAAUAGGAUUUGUCAGAAUGCUUAUGCGAGUUGCAACUUUUCCAAAAAUCAGUUAACUGCCGCAGACUGCGGAGUAUGUACUUUUGCAUAA